AUGGCCAAGCCCAACACUCGCAAGUCCGCUGCCAGGCUGAAGGAUGAGCAUGCCACCAUGCUCAAGACUGCUGCUGCAAUCAUUGCACAGAUGCACGAAGACACUGAAGAUCCCGGAUUUUGGCCUCUGGUGAAAUAUUUGGACAUCAAGCCAUUUGGCAAUGCAGUCGUGCUGCUCCUCAACUGUCCCCAGUCUGCCCUUGUCCACAAUUUGCCUGAGAAGUGGGUCCAACUUUUUGGCCUUGACCAGCAAGAGGAGCUGGCCGCCUUGUCUGUGCUGCCCAAGGAGGAUGAGGAAAAGGACAAGGAUGAGAAGGAGUUUAAGGCCAUGUUGUCUGGUUUUUUGACAUCCCUGGUGAGCCUGGCCAGCCCUUUGGUGAAGCCAGAGAAGGGCAAGGCAAAGGCGAAGGAGACAAUGCCAGCAAAGGCAGUCAUGCCAUGCCUUGACAAUGGCACCAUGGAGAUGCCACUGAUACCCAGGGCAUGCAGGAGGCCAACAAAAGUGGAUUCCUGCAAUGCAGGUUGGAUGAUUGAGGAGAUGCUGGCAAUGCUGUUGCUGCCAAUGAUGGAUGAUGCAGUGGUGGAGUCAUUUGCGGCAGAGAAUUUGUUUGUUGUGCUGCAAGCAUGCAGUUUUCAUGGAUGGGGUGCCGCACCAUGA